UUUUUAGAGUUGGCAACACUGGGUGGGAAUAGUGCAAAUAGCAGAACCUAUCGAGUUGUGUACUCAAUGUGUAUUGUAUAGUGUGCUGUUUCCAUUCGCGUAAACUUAAUUGCAGCAUGGACGUGUUCCAAUUCUUGGAGAGUACUCAUACAAUGUUGUGGCGCUCGCCAGCGUGUCGAUUGUGUGCUGUAAUGGAACUUGAAGAUAUGCGUCGAAGAUAUGGUGCAUUAAUGACAAUGAGCAGUCCUGAAAUUGAGAACUAUAUGUUCCAAAGAUCAACAUCACAGAUUGAAUAUAUGGAGUUACUUGCAAGAUUUGUUGUACAUGUCAGACAAUUUUCCGAAGAGAAAGGACAGGGGAUGACUGGCUCUGAUGGAGGAGGAGCACAAACUGUACUGGAUCCCAUAAAUGUAAUGUUAAAAUGGCCAAGGAAAGAUUACAGUUAUUUAAGGUGUGAUGAAAAGAUCCUGUGACAGGCUGAAAACCUGUUAUGAAAACAUGAAAAGACGACUUCGAAAAUACCUUGCAGAAGAAAAGGUGGAAGUGUAUAAAACAGGUGGGGGGGAAGCCUACCCAAAAAACCAAGAUCCAUGAUCGGGCAAAACUGUUAGAAAUUGGUAUUAAAAGGGAAGUAAUAUUUGUUACAAGCUGCACAUGUAAUCCUGUCAGACAUAUAGCAUUUACAUCCUGGAGCGAUCUCCAUGCAACGUCUAGUGGUUUCAACUUGGAGGCCGACCGGCUACUGGCAGGUAACCAUGACUUCUAUAUCUGCCCCAAUGCAGGGGCAGCAGCCAAGCAGCUAGAAUGCAUCCCAUCAGGUUUGAAGCACAAGAUCCCACAA